AUGAUUGGAGAAAUUCUUAAGUGCCAACCACUGACGGGAGAAGCAGCGACCAAAAAAGAAGUUCUUCGCAGAAUAAAUUCAGUUGCUUUGGUUCACAUUGCAGCGCACGGAAGUAAAGAAACUGGUGAAAUUGCUUUGGCUCCAGACCCUUGCUGGAAAUCCGAGAUUCCUGAGGAGGACUAUUUUUUGAGAAUGUCUGAUAUACAAGCUGUGAAACUGAGAGCCAGGCUGGUUGUCCUUAGUUGCUGUCAUAGUGGUCAAGGGGAGGUCUCGUCUGAGGGUGUGGUCGGUAUUGCUCGGGCUUUCUUGUUUGCUGGUGCUCGUUCCGUGGUGGCGACACUCUGGGCAAUUAAUGACGAAACAACCCUGGAGUUUAUGAAACGUUUUUACCAACACCUGAGAGGUGGAGAAAGUGCCAGUUCUGCUCUUCAGAGGGCCAUGAAAUGUCUGCGGGACUCGGAAAAGUUUUCUGCCCCAAAGUACUGGGCUCCAUUUGUACUGAUUGGUGAUGACGUUACGAUUGAAUUUGAUGAAAGUAACCGCGAAAGUCGUAAGUAG